AUGUCUAGACCAACACUCCAGGCAUUUCUGGCAACCGCCCGCAACGCCCUCAGAGCACCGCCGGCCCAGCGCCCCAAACCGCUGACCUUUGUCGUCGGCAACGAGUCCGCAGACCUCGACUCGCUCUGUUGCGCCAUCGUGUACGCCUACAUCCGCAGCCACACGGGCCACCAUGCGCUGCACAUCCCGCUCUCCAACCUCCCGCGAGCAGAUCUCGGCCUGCGCCCAGAAAUGGCCGCCGUGCUGCAACACGCCGGCCUGGCGGCCCGCGACCUCGUCACCCUCUCCGAACUCCCCGACCCCCUCCAGCCCGAGGACACGCGCUGGCUCCUCGUCGACCACAACUGCCUCACGGGCCCGCUGAAGCGCUUCCGAGACCAGGUCGUCGGCUGUGUGGACCACCACGUCGACGAGGGCGCGCUCCCGGCGGGCAUCGAGCCGCGCGUCAUCGAGCCCUGCGGCAGCUGCAUGAGCCUCGUCGUGGACGAGUGCAGGCCCGCGUGGACGCAGCUCCUCCAGGCCCAGGACCUCGAGGCGGCACCGGCGCGGGGAGCAGCCGCCGCCGACCUGCUGCCCCCCGGCGAGCAGGACCGGCUCGUCAAGCUGGCGCUGGCGCCCAUCCUCCUCGACACCGUCAACCUCACGGCCGAGGCCAAGGUGCGCCCCAAGGACCCGCAGGCGGUGCGCUUCCUCGAGGCCCAGAUCCGCGAGCCGGGCUUCAGCACCACGCGGUACUACGAGCUAAUCAGCGCCGUCAAGGAGGACGUUUCCGGCCUCUCGCUCCGCGACAUCUUCCGCAAGGACUUCAAGCAGUGGGACGAGGCCGGCCUGUCCCUCGGCAUCAGCUGCGUCGUCCAGGGCUUCGAGUACCUGCUUGAGAAGGCGGGGACAAAGCACGUCUUCCUGGCGGAGCUUGCUGCCUGGGCCGACGAGCGCAAGCUGGAUGUUGCUGCCGUCAUGACCACUUCGCACCCGGGCGGCAAUUUCCACAGGCAGCUCCUGGUUUGGGGCCUGACGGACAGGGGCAAGGCGGCAAUUGGGAGGUUCGGAGACGUCGGUCGGCCCCUGGGACUGGAGCAGUGGGAGGACGGGGCCCUGGACGGUGACGAUGGUGAUGGGGGCAAUACGAGGUUCGCGUGGAGACAGGCCAACCUGGCGGCGAGCAGGAAGCAGGUCGCGCCGCUGUUGAGGGAGGCCCUGAGAGAGAAAAAGUAG